AGCAAAUGCUGUCAAUGUCAUUUUUUCUGUCAAACUAGUUUUACGAUAUCAUUUUUCUCACAAUUCUUUUCUGGUUCAACUGAGCAGUCUGAGAGACGUCUGCCACAGGCUUCUAAAGAUGGGCGCGUACAGAUAUAUACAAGAGUUGUAUCGUAAAAAGCUGAGCGAUGUUAUGCGUUUCCUUUUACGUGUCAGAGUAUGGCAGUAUCGCCAAUUGACUCGUAUGCACCGUGCUCCUAGGCCGACCAGGCCCGACAAGGCAAGGAGAUUGGGAUACCGUGCCAAGCAAGGUUAUGUGAUCUUCAGAAUCCGCGUGCGUCGUGGUGGCCGCAAGCGCCCGGUGGCAAAGGGUGCCACAUAUGGCAAACCCAAGAGCCAUGGUGUGAACCAGCUGAAACCUACACGUAACCUACAAUCCAUUGCUGAGGAACGUGUUGGUCGCCGUUGUGGUGGUCUUCGUGUGCUGAACUCGUACUGGGUAGCGCAGGAUUCUUCAUACAAAUACUUUGAAGUGAUCUUGAUUGAUCCUUCUCACAAGGCUAUUCGGCGUGACCCCAAGAUCAACUGGAUAGUGAAUGCUGUGCACAAACACCGUGAGAUGCGUGGUCUUACAUCAGCUGGCCGCAGCUCCCGUGGACUCGGAAAGGGUCACCGCUUCUCCCAGACCAAGGGAGGAUCACGCCGAGCUGCCUGGAUUCGUCGCAACACACUGCAAUUGCACCGCAAGCGAUGAACACACAACUGACUGUGCUAUUGACUUUCUAUCUGUUUUUAUUCUAUUUAUAUUCCUAGAUGGAAAGCCAGUAGUAAAUAAAUUUAAAUUUAACUCUAAACAAAGCAUUCUUAUUCCUAACACAUAAAAGGAAUUGAAAUCAUGUAAGUUGGUUAAAUUUUUUAUAUAAUGUAUUAUUUAUGCUCUGUGUAAUUUAUUGAAUUAUAUUUUUUUUACUACAGGAAAUGCCUUUAUACAGCAGCUACAUUUUUCACAAAAAGAAUGCUGCUAACUAAGGGAUGGUGUGGUGUAGCUUUCAAUAUACAUAUGCAGGUAACUGUUCCUGCUCUAAGGAGUGCAUCCUUAAUACCAUAAGCUAGUGAUGUAACGAAUGUCAUUUUUUGAACAUUUGCGAAUAUCUGGUACCGACAUUUUGGCGCCAAUUGUCUAUGGCAUGGUGGCAGUCUCGUUCGAAUUGCCGAGUUGAUAUGAACUCAUCGGGCUGAAGUGUCAUUCCACUCGCGCCGAUCUUUUCGUAAACAAGUGAAUUUUGAGGUUAUAGUUUGAAUAGUGAUUUAUUAACACGAGUUAAUCAAAUUCUACUGAAAUGUGGACUUAUUUCACACUGCGAUGCUGAACGAGCUUAAUGAAAGCUGUGUAAUAAUGAAUAUUCAAGGAAAGGAAGUUCUUCAAAUUGUUUUUUUUUCUAAUAUUCAUAUUCGCAAAACAUUACGAACAUUACAAACGAAUAUUCAAAAAUAUGCGGGUGCGAAUAUUCGUUACAUCACUACCAUUUAUGCAUGAAAAUUCAUUUCCUUUUUAUUAUUCGCUGCCAUAUAGUUUUUAUUAUUAAAUUGAUGAUAUAUCUUUUGGAUUUUUAUUUAUACUUUACAAAUUAGUUAAAUAGGGUCGUCAGUUCACACUAGCUAAGGACUCUCGCCUUAAUAUUUUAAUUAACAAAUAGACUUUCAACCUUGGGAAUUGAUAUAACAGUCAAUGCUGUUUUAUAAUAGCAUCUUAGUGUCGAUUCUGGCAUGAUUCUCUAAACUCAAUUGUUCUCCUUUUCAUUCUGUAUAGAAAACAAGUACUUACUACGAACCAGUGUACAAACAACGAUACAGUAUAGACAAAGAUACACUUGUCAUAUUUCAUUCAGGGUCGACACCAUUAUUCAAUUAAUGCUAUUAGGUACCAACUUUAUAAUUUACUUAAUGAAAAAAAAAGCAACUUCUAUUUACCAGUGUCGUGAUCCUAUUUUUAAGAGACAUCAUUUUCUUUGACACCUGCUGAAUGAUCGAAAAAGGACCUACCUAAGCCCUAACACUGGCAGCCGCGUAAUCGUAUCGUCGCUCGUAACAUUAUGAAAGAGCUACUUUGUUCUUACGUCCGGUAGGAGCGCUCCUUAGUUUAUGCUACGCCAUGUCGUGUAAAGCGGGCUACUGACAUCCCUGCCGCAGGGGCAAUUUAGGGUGUAAGAGUGGGGAUGACUUAAUUGCCUCGUGAUGUUUGUAGGCAAAAUGGCAAUUUCUAAUGGUAGCCAUACACACUACGAGAAAUCGUUACGAUCAGACUGUACAGUUUGAACGGUACCGAUAAAUCGUAGCGUGUAUGUUAUAAAACUGCACAGUUUCCUAUACGUACGCCACGCACGAUAAACUGUUCCGUUCGAACUGUA